AUGAAAUUGUUUUCUUCCAAUUUUUCAAUUUAUACCUUGCUCUCCCUUUUGGCAUAUGCUCCAACUUCCUCCUUUGCAGCUCCUUUUUUUAGGCGUUCGGGCAUUCAGGAUAAUCAACCGUUUUCUGUAAUGACCCUCCGCUCAGGAAAUCUUUAUGUUCAUUUCCACUCCUUGUAUGUUGGCGAGUCCGGUAGCGUUUACCUAGAUCCCUAUGAUCAUGUAAACAAAUCUUCUGUGUUCACUGUGUCCAAUGGUCAUCUCAUCCAUGAAAACGAUUUUGCUCACCUUGGCGAUAGUGGUGCUUUGGUCUUUACAUCUAAAGAUGAGGGCUCUGCCGAAGGAUUCAGUUUUGGAGAAGAAAUUGCCGGUGGCUAUCUGCUAAACUAUAAGGGACAAGGUUUCGUUGCCUGCCCCGUGAAAGAGGAUUCACCUGUUUACUCGGUCUAUUAUGGGCAAGGGAAUGGUGAUAGCAACUGUGUUGGCUUUGGAUCACUUGCAGGUCCUUUUUCUUCUUCUUCUUCUUCUGCUAGCACCGCUCCCACUUCUGCAGCCUCUUCCAACGCCAAAGUACAAGACGUUGUUCCCACUGGAAGCAGCUAUGAGAAAAAUUCUGGUAACGGACCUGCUCCAAUCUUCCCCAACGGCAUUCGUCUCACCAACACUUCUUCUCCAGACUCUAAUUCUGGCAAUGUCUACUCGCCCGUUGCUUAUCAAAAGGAAAAUGACCACGUCAAUACCAUCUUCACUUUUGACGUUCCUCAGGUUUCCGAUCAAAAAUGCCAACUUCAUUUCCAUAUUGAUAAGAAUGGCUUCCCUAUUCAAGUUGAUGGCUCAAAUGGCGUCGGUGAAUUCGUGUUCUAUAACCUGUCUUCUGCUGCCAAUGACGGUACUACUUGGGCCAAUACCCCUAACCGCAUUGCUGAAGUUGGCCGCUUCAAUUGCUCUUCCAACGGUUGCGAUUACACCACCAACAUCACUUGCCCCGGCUCUUACAAGACUGUCUCUUAUGAGCUGUCCGCCAUUACUGACAAGUCUUACCUUGAGUACUUUGAAGAGAUCAAUCCUCUUGAAGGUCUCCAAUUGACUGUUUAA